UACUUGCAACGGACACGGCAAAUGGGAGUGUGAAAGCCACGUCUGUCUUAUCAACGGGGAUAUGAUCGAUGCCGUCAACAGAGGGGAUUAUGGCUGGAGAGCUUCCAACUACAGCCAGUUCUGGGGGAUGUCACUGGAAGAAGGGAUUCGGUACCGUCUCGGCACCAUCAAGCCUCCCACAUCUGUGAUGAAUAUGAAUGAACUUCAAAUCAACAUGGCCACCAACGAAGUGCUGCCUGCCCAUUUCAAUGCUGCCGACAAGUGGUCUGGAAUGAUCCAUGAGCCGCUCGAUCAAGGCAACUGUGCGGGAUCCUGGGCCUUUUCCACAGCAGCGGUGGCCUCUGACCGGAUCUCUAUCCAUUCCAUGGGACACAUGAGACCUGCCUUGUCCCCCCAGAACCUGUUGUCUUGCAACACUCGGCACCAACAAGGCUGCAAUGGAGGCCGUGUGGACGGAGCCUGGUGGUUCCUGCGCAGGAAGGGGGUGGUGACUGAGGAAUGCUACCCGUUCACCAGCCAGGAGAGCUCCUUCACCAGCCCACCUUGCAUGAUGCACACCCGCUCCGCUGGCCGGGGAAAGAGACAAGCCACAGCACGUUGCCCCAACUCACAGACGGACUCCAAUGAUAUUUACCAAUCCACGCCUGCAUAUCGUCUCUCCUCAAAUGAGAAGGAGAUCAUGAAGGAGUUAAUGGAAAAUGGACCUCUGCAAGCCAUCAUGGAAGUGCAUGAAGACUUCUUUGUGUAUCAGAGUGGGAUUUACCAGCAUACUCCUGUAGCAGCUGGGAAGCCAGAACAGUACCGACGACAUGGUACCCAUUCCGUCAAAAUUACUGGAUGGGGAGAAGAACGGAAGCUGGAUGGGUCAAAUCGGAAAUAUUGGAUUGCAGCCAACUCCUGGGGCAAGGCAUGGGGUGAGCACGGCUACUUCCGCAUUGCCAGAGGGACCAAUGAGUGCGAGAUUGAAUCCUUCGUGGUGGGUGUCUGGGGCCGGGUUGGAAUGGAAGAUAUGCACCACCACAAGAAAUGAGGAGAUUGGAUCCUUCAGCCUUGCAUUAUGAUACCAAGAAGAACUUCUUUCCUUCUGUUGGCCCUAUGUUUUCUUCUCCUCCUCAAAGCAUCUGGUAUCUAGAACAGUCACAGAACGUAACGACUAUGGGUUUGGCCUCCAAAGACAGCAGCCUUUGUCUUUGUUCUGGGGAAGCCUAGAACCAUCAUGUGGAUUUUGGACCCAGAAAAUCCUUCCUCAGAUGGUGGGGGGAAAACCCAGAGAACUUCUGAAAUGACUACCAAAAUGCCUACAGUUUCUUGAAAGGGACCAAGAGAAGACACCCAAUUUUGUUCUGCAUGGCUCAGAUGCUCACAACCAGAGUGAUCCUGGAGAUAUCAGAAGCAAACCUUGCCAGGAUUCUCUACCAAGGAUGGAAAGUUGAUCUGAAGUAACUUUCUGACUGGGAGACCAACCAACAUUUUUGGUUGUUUUUUUUUAGUGCUUUCUGUGAUUCCACUUGACAGAACUUUCUUGGAAGUGAUGCCAUCUCUGGUCUGACCUUCCCCAGAGGCAACCAU